AUGAGUUCAAAUUUGAAAGCCAUGUUACUCGCAAGCCUUCUGGGCUUUGCUUCAGCCGCAAGCUUUGGCUUUGGCCCCGAGAACCAAACUCCCCUUGGAGGGCCUAAUCCUUCUCACAAACAGCGCAACAAUGUCGUCUUUAUUCUCACUGAUGAUCAAGACCUUCACAUGAACUCGCUCGACUAUAUGCCACAUUUGCAGAAGCACCUUGUUGAUCAAGGAACCUUUUACAAGCGACACUAUACCACCACUGCUAUCUGUUGUCCAGCACGCGUUUCUAUAUUGACUGGCAAGGCUCCCCACAACACCAAUGUCACUGAUCUGACUCCUCCAUAUGGCGGCUAUCCCAAGUUCAUCCGAGAGGGACACAACGACAACUACUUGCCAAUCUGGGUACAAGCAGAAGGCUAUAACACGUACUAUGCCGGAAAGCUGUUCAAUUCACAUGCAGUGAAUAACUACAACGAUCCCUUCGUGAAGGGUUGGAAUCAAUCCGACUUUCUCCUCGACCCGUAUGUCUACAUGUACCUCAAUGCCACAUUCCAGCGCAACCAAGAUCCUCCAGUCAGCCAUGAAGGAGAAUAUGUCACCGACGUCCUUGCCAGAAAGACGCAGAGUUUUCUUGAUCAGGCCCUGAAAGAAGAUGCUCCAUUCUUCCUCACCAUAGCCCCAAACGCGCCACACAGCAAUGUUGACGCCAGCUUUGCCAAAAUCAACUUUACCGACACUCCUCGAAACUGGACUUUCAAGAUGACCACUCCCAUUCCUGCCCCACGUCAUGCACACCUCUUCAAAGACGUUGUUGUUCCCCGAACUGAGAACUUCAACCCGGAUUCUCAGAUCGUUCCUAGUUGGAUCCGUGAUCAGCCCAAGCUUACGCAGGAGAACAUCGAUUGGAAUGACGACUUCUAUCGUAAUCGUCUGCGCGCUCUCCAGGCAGUUGAUGAGCUGAUUGACGAUGUUUUCAAGAAGCUUGAAGAUGCUGGUGUCCUCGACAAUACCUACGUCGUCUACACCACCGACAACGGUUUUCAUAUUAGCCAGCAUCGUUUGCAACCUGGUAAAGAGUGUGGCUAUGAGGAAGAUAUCAACAUCCCACUCAUCAUUCGGGGACCUGGCGUGCCGGCAGGCUCCGUUUCAGAAGUCAUCACUACACACGCUGACCUGGCGCCGACAUUCCUCUCUGUCAUCGGUGCCCCUCAGCGAGCAGACUUUGAUGGAGUUGUCAUCCCUCUCACAGCAAAGGAACAAGCUGAGGUUGUAGGAAAGCGACAUGAACACGUCAAUGUCGAGUUUUGGGGAAUGGCCGGGUCCGAGGGCAAGUUCCCUUAUCAUGACAAAGAGGGUGAGAGCUUCUUCCUGACAAACAAUACCUACAAGUCAAUCCGCAUCGUCGGUAAGACCUACAACUUGUACUACUCUGUUUGGUGCCACGGCGAACACGAGCUGUACGAUCUGCAGUCGGAUCCCGGUCAGCUACGAAAUCUACUGGAUACAGAGGCCCCGCAGCCGGAUGAACUCCUAGGUUACCCGCUCGAAUCUGUCGUCGCACGACUUGACGCCCUUCUCCUAGUAGGAAAGACUUGCAAGGGCCUGGUUUGUUCUCAACCUUGGAAGACUCUCCACCCGCAAGGAAAUGUCAAGACAUUGGAUGAUGCCCUCAGUCGUGAGUUUGACAAUUUCUAUGUGAAGCAGCAGCCCAAGGUUUCGUUUGGUUGGUGUGCAGACGGACAUGUGCUUGAUGCUGAAGGAGCGCAGUCUGAGAAGGAGGGAUUAGCUUACUGGCGCCCAGACUGGAGUAACUGGGUAUGA